CACACACACACACACACACACACGCGCAUGCAUGCAUUCUGUGCUGAGCACUAGCAAGGAGCUUUAAACCGUUUCCCCACAAACUCAGACAAAGGCGCCCUAACCUGCCACGAUGGAGGAGAACAUGGAUGAUUCACAAAGCCAGAAAGGUUGUAAGGAGUGCUGUGAUCGAUGUGUGGGCAGUCUGCCCUGGGCUUCCCUCAUCGCCACCAUCCUCCUCUACAUGGGCGUGGCUUUGUUCUGUGGGUGUGGCCACGAGGCCUUGAGUGGCACCGUCACCAUUCUGCAGAACUACUUUGAGGUCAUCAGAACCCCCGGACAAACGCUGGACGUCUUCACCAUUAUUGACAUCCUGCAGUACAUCAUCUACGGCCUGGCAGCUGGAUUCUUUGUCUUUGGAGUGCUCCUGCUGGUGGAAGCCUUUUUCACCACUGGAGCCAUUAGGGAUCUGUAUGGAGAGUUCAAGAUCACGGCCUGUGGACGCUGCCUGACUGCAUUUCUGAUGUUCCUGGCCUAUGUCUUCUUCCUGGUCUGGCUUGGUGUGACGGCCUUCACCAGCCUGCCGGUCUUCAUGUACUUCAACGUUUGGUCCAUGUGCAAGAACACCAGCUUGCUUGAGGGUCCUAAAUUCUGUGUGGACCUACGCCAGUUUGCAGGAGCCGUGACCAUAUCUGAGGAGAAGAAGCUUUGCACUGGAUCUGGGAAGUUCUUGCAGAUGUGUGAAUCCAACGAGCUGGACUUGACCUUUCACCUGUUUGUGUGCGCACUGGCGGGAGCAGGGGCGGCUGUGAUUGCCAUGGUUCACUUCCUGAUGGCGUUAGCUGCUAACUGGGGCUACCUGAAGGAUGCCAGUCGGAUGCAGAAAUAUGAAGAUAUCAAGUCGAAGGAGGAGCAGGAGCUGCACGACAUCCAUUCUACACGCUCCAAAGAACGCCUCAAUGCCUACACAUAAACACCAUACACACGUUUACCCGAGACACGCACACACGCACACACACAGACACACACACUUGCAGCACACACAACAUGCAUACAAGAAUAGCAGAAAUAUACACAUCAGUCAACUGAAAAGGGUUGAAAGACACUGAAGUCCUCCUUUGUCCCCAGAUGAUCUUUUGCUGAAGUGGUCUGUGCUGACAUGCUAAACGUGGCAGUCAGCCAUUUUUGUUUGUUUGUUUUCUUUACUGGGAAUAGUACUAAUCUUAAAUUUGACAGAUAUGUGCCCUUCAGUCCAUCAGGACGGUGAAGUAUUAGGGGGGCCAAAACUCCUUUUUUUAGAGAAUACAGUAGCUGGAUGUGCAACACUGGCAAGUCUCGAAGUAGAGACCCAUCCAUCCAAAUCAAAAUGAAAAGAAAUACCAAAAAGAAGCCAAAGAUUCCAAAGAACUGUCCCAACUUCUGUUUUUUGUUUUUUUUCCCUUUAAAGAUCAUACCUACUUUUUCUAAUAUGUAACUUUUAAAAAGACAUUGGGAAACGAGCGCAGUAGUACCUCAACUUACAACUCGAAACACUUGUAUCUGAAAUCAACGUCUCCCAUCGGACUGAACUGAAAUCAAGUUAAAGUUAAAGUACCACUGAUAGUCACAAUCACACUAGGUGUGGUUAAAUUAUCCUCUGCAUUCGACCCAUCCCCUUGUUCCACCCUCUGGGAGGUGAGGGGAGCAGUGAGCAGCAGCGGUGGCCGCGCUCGGGAAUCAUUUUUGGUGACUUAACCGCCAAUUCCAACCCUUGAUGCUGAGUGCCAAGCAGGGAGGUAACGGGUCCCAUUUUUAUAGUCUUCGGUAUGACUCGGCCGGGGUUUGAACUCACGACCUACCGAUCUCAGGGCGGACACUCUAACCACCAAGUUUAAAAACAAACUUUUAGAAAAUAAAUAUUGUAUAAAAACAAUACAAUAGAAUGUACUACUAACAACUCCAGUAGUUUUAUGAAGUAAUGUAACAAUAAUGCACAUUAUUUACCUUGGCGAGUGGACUUCAUCGAUCAAUCAAUCAAUGUUUACUUAUACAGCCCUAAAUCACGAGUGUCUCAAAGGGCCAGGCUCAGAUCCCACAUCAGGGCAACAAAAAACUCAACCCCAUGGGACAACAAUGAUAAACCUUGGAGGGCACCGCGGCUUCUACAGUAUCUCCUUCCAGCUUGGUCAAACACACCAUCAGCAACACUGUUUUCAUGGAUAGACGUCCGCCGUUGAGCUAUCAUUCAAACGUCAUUGGCUGGUGUUAGACUCAUUCUGCAGUUCACACACCCUUCCUUCCUUCCCCUGGCUAGAAAAACAAAGUUAUGUUGAUCUCUCGCUAUACGCCAAUGCUAGCAAGUAAGACAGUCGGAUUUUACGGGUAAAACUCGAGUUUUGCUUGCAAAUGAAAGCACAACAAUUAGCCCGGAAACAGAAAUCUUAAGUUGAGGUACAACUGUAUAGAAGGAUUACGAACCAAUAAUGUUGUUGGUCAUCAAAGUGUUGGGUUAAUUCUAAAGUAAUUAAAAAAACACAAAUGUCAAUAUUAAAGCAAAUAUUGACUAUUCCCAAAAAGUCAACACUGAAGCAACAAUCAGCCGGAGACAUGGAAGACCGCAGUGUCGAUGUUGACCUUUUCAAUGGGGGGGUGGGUGACUUGAACCCCCGCAUCAAGCACACGUACAGUACAGUACACUUACACAUACUGUAUUUGGAUGGGUGGUCAGUGUCGUGCGGUGGUGUUAUGCUGUGCUAUGUCGUUUCACCACAUGUUGAUGAGUGCUAUAUCGCAGAGGAAUAAUGUCCGCGGGAAGUUUGAAGUCCAAGUGGGUAUAGCUCGGCUAACUCCUGGACUCUCCUCAACCCCUUUUCCCAACUCUCUUCCGGAGCCCAAUUUCAUGACUUUUUUUCCCUGGAUGUAUCACAACUGCCAUUUUGAUUUUCAACAAAAUGCACUUAAUUAGGCAGGUUGAAAUUGUUGAUUGAUGAGACACGGAAGAACUUACCAAAUACUCUCCGGUUGACAAGUUUGAAUAUUCUGUACUUUGUUGGACUCAGACUACAAUAGCACUUACAGUAAGUGUAUUUCAAAAACAAGCGUGCAAUUGGGCUUCCCGUUCUCCCUCUCUGCUGAUCUUUGUACAAACUAUUGGUCGGUCCACAGAAACAGCACAUCUUAGCAGCACAAAAUCUUUUUCGACGUCAUGUCAUUGUCAUAAAUUGUCGUUUUUUUCUCACUUUUUGCAAUUUUUGCCACCGUUUUUACCAGCAUUGUUAUCGUGUCGUUUUUGGCAUCGGGGCUACGUGGUGAGUGCACGUAUCUC